AUGUUGCCGAUGGCAGGAGUUCCAGACGAGAUACUUCAGAUCUACAAUUUUCGAAACCACGAAGAAACAUUGGAUUCUAUCAUGGCCAAGCUACUCUACAAAGAAUACAUUGAACAGAACCUCUACACUAUUCAGCCUCAGAAUUCGCUGGUAGAUCUUUCGAGCCCAGCGUCGUGGUUUCCGGAAGCCAGGAAAAUGAAGCGUAAGUUGGUUCUUCAUGUGGGACCAACCAAUAGUGGUAAGACCUACAACUCACUCCAAGAGCUCGCCAAGUCAAAGUCAGGUUACUAUGCGGGGCCCCUCCGGUUGCUCGCGAGAGAGAUCUACGAGAGAUUCAACCAGCAGGGAAUCCGGUGCAAUCUUAUCACUGGAGAAGAGGUGGUUCCAUCGAUCGACGAAGUGGGUAAAGUCAGUGACAUUUCGUCCGGAACAAUCGAGAUGAUUCCUCUUCACAAACCGAUGGAUACAUGUGUCAUAGAUGAGAUUCAGAUGAUUGCCGACGACAGACGAGGCUCAGCAUGGACAGGUGCCGUUUUAGGGGUUCAGGCCAAAGUAAUUCACAUGUGUGGAGAGCAGAGUGCAGUUCCUUUGAUCAAGAAACUAGCCAAUAUAACAGGAGAUGAACUUGAAAUUAAAACCUACGAGAGGCUUGGAAAGUUGACUGUGGCUCAAAAAGAGCUUCAUCUGUUGAAAAAGUUGGCCAAAGGUGAUUGUGUUAUUGCAUUUUCAAAGCGGAAGAUUCUUGAGCUCAAGUGCGAGAUUGAGAAAAUGACAAAGUUUCGUGUGGGGGUUAUUUAUGGAGCACUUCCACCUGAAAUUCGGUCUAAGGAAGCCAAUGGGUUCAACAGUGGCCAGUAUGAUAUUCUAGUAGCCUCAGAUGCCGUUGGAAUGGGUCUUAAUUUGAAAAUCAAGCGGGUGGUAUUUUUCACAACUACAAAAUUCAACGGCAGUGAGACGGUUCCGCUUACAGCAUCUGCUACAAAGCAGAUAGCCGGGAGAGCUGGGCGGUUUAGUGCUGGGAAAGGUCAACUGGAAGGAUUUGUCACGGCAUUGAAAGCCAAAGACUUGAGACAUGUACGCAAGAUGAUGGCCGAACCCAAUCAAGAUCUCGUGAAAGCAUGUAUUUGGCCCACCAACAAAAUAUGGAUGCUUUAUAUGAGCAAGUUCCCACAAGGAACGUCGUUCUAUGAGAUCUUGAGUCAAUUUGCCCACGAGACCGCCGAUGUCAAAAUGUCCGAUUUCUUCGUUACCGAGCUUGAUGAACGAUUUGACAUUUUGAAACUUUUUUUGAAAAAAGAUUUGUUCAAAAAGACAAUGAUCGAGGACCAACUCACACUCAGUUUGGCACCAAUCAACAUUCGCAUGGCUUCAAAAUUGAUUGUGGAUACCGCCUUUGAUUUCUUCGAGACCAUCUCCAAGUGUGAGACAAAGACUAUAUUUGACUUUCAUUUUUUGCACACAAAGUUGCUCGAACAAGAACCUCGCAAAUCCACAACCGCAGAGGAAACCGUGGAGCGACUUCGUCUCCUUGAAGAAAAUCACAAAUUGGUAUUAAUUUUCUUGUGGCUCAGUCAACGGUGGCCGACUCUUUUCGUGGAUAAAGAGAGUGCUACAGACGUGAAGACAUUGAUCGAAAAGAGAAUUAGCGAAGAACUUAUCAACCUCCGCCAAACUAUGAAGAAGACUCGGCGGAGGAGAUAA